AUGGGUACUCCUGUGUUAGAACAAAAAAGCGAAUUGGUGCAGGCACAUAGGGGCGACAUCUUUAAAGAAUUGCAUAGGAAUGCAAAGUAUUCUUUCGUGGACGUGAUAUCUGCAACAGCUCUGGAUCGAAAAACUGGUGCUAAUGAAAGCGGAGAGAUUUUCUAA